AUGCCGUACAUCAUCUAUGUGCCCGGAGUCCUGCAACCCUACAUCACCAACGAUCCGAGGAUCUAUAUGGACUGUUUCAAGAUCUUCGAGUGGGUGUGCGAAUCACGACCCUUCCGCGAUGCAUUCUGCAAGGCAUUCCGGCAAGACGAGGAUGAGCAGUUCCUGUCCGACAGACGUCGCGGCCAACUUGAAGCCUACUGGAUAGAGGAGCUCGAGCGACGAACCAAGCCGAAGGGAGCACUUGACUCGCUGAAGAAGGGCAAACGACUGUCAACUGAAGCCGCCGUCGAGCAUUUGGCGGAGCAUGACAUCGAUAAAAGUGUGUUGUCCAAGAUCAACGACCGGGAGGAAGAAGCUUUCUACCGCGAGUACCGGGUAGAUUCACCGGGACGGAUAGUGAAGUAUCGCUAUGUAACUACGCCCUCCGCAAUGGCGUGCAGGAUAACAGUCGUUUCGCUUUCUACCAUCAUAAACUGGCGGGCGGGUAUCUCCGAACUGGCACCUCCGGGUGCUCUCUUCAACAAAACAGAUGGUCUCUACUAUCAAGACGAGGUCGUUGAGUCACAAGGCCAAACGCCAGCCGACGGCAAACCAACGUUCGAGUCAUUUGUUCGACGAGUAAACUCACACGCUCCUACUACCGUAAAGCAUCCACCGAUGUCUCACGACGAAGAUGAGGUCGUUCAAUCACAAGACCAAACGCCACCCGACGACAAGCCAACGUUCGAGUCAUGUGUUCGACGACUAAAGUCACAUUUUUCCACUGCCGUACAGCAUCCACCGAUGUCUCAUGACGAAACUCAGUCCGCCCCCGGCUUCGUAGCAAACCAUAUCCAAAGCACUGCGGAAGAUCCCUUGUCCAACGAGCAGCUCCACACGACUCCUUCGGGCAUGAGAGAAGGCUACAAGGCCCCUAAAAAAGGUCCCUCAAGAUAUGCGCCACAGCCGGCAGGAAGAUCUCUCGACGAGGAAGUUAUUGGACACAACUGGGUUAAGUCCGGGCCAGGAAACAGGCGCGCGCAUGGAUCAACGACUACACCACCUGGGUUACAGCGGGGUAGGAGUGCAGUCGGUGGAGAAUGCCGCGAAUAA